AUGAUUUUCCUGCGCAGCCUACUACAGCUGACGGUGCUCCUGGUCCAGGGCAGUUGGCGGGGGGUAGCGCCGAGCCCCACGGAUGAAGGCGCACUGCGGGCGAGCCACGGAGACCACGGAGAGCCGGGCCACAAGGAGCCCCAUAAGGACUCAUACAGUACGUUCGCCUCGGAGUUCCUGGAGUCUAGACAUCUAUCGGAUGAUGGGUACCCCUUCCCCACCGCCCCUCCUGUGGAUCCCUUCGCCAGGAUCAAAGUCGUAGACUGUGGAGUCACCAAGGGCUGCAUAAGGUAUGGGAAGCCGGGGUGUGAUGCAGAGACGUGUGACUAUUUCAUGAGUUACCGGCGGAUCGGGACAGACGUGGAGUAUGAGAUGAGUGCUGACACUGACGGCUGGGUGGCUGUAGGCUUCUCCUCAGACAAGAAGAUGGGAGGAGAUGACGUGAUGGGCUGUGUCCAUGACGAUAAUGGGCGUGUUCGUAUCCAUCACUUCUACAACGUGGGCCAGUGGGCCAAGGAGAUCAAGAGGAAUCCUGCCAGGGACGAAGAGGGUGUGUUUGACAACAACCGUGUGACCUGCCGCUUCAAACGGCCGCUCUACGUCCCUAGAGAGGAGACACUGGUGGAUCUGCAUCUCUCCUGGUUCUACCUGUUGGCCUGGGGGCCUGCUAUACAAGGUUCCAUCACACGUCAUGACAACGAUGCUCCGCCAGUCUCCGAUCACAUGAUCAGCAUCUAUAAAUAUGAGGACAUCUUCAUGCCGUCUACAGCCUACCAGACAUUCUCCUCACCCUUCUGUCUGCUGCUCAUAGUAGCCCUCACCUUCUAUCUGCUGAUGGGCACUCCCUGA